AUGGCAGUCCCACACGAUGCUCAGUCCGCCGUACUGCUCGCCCAUGUCGCGAUGCAAUUGCAGCUCAAUAUCUCCUUCCUGGAGUCUCAGAACUACAUGUCUGCUGAAGACGCCGACAGCAUGCGUGAAAUAAUAUCACGCCUGCCCGGCGGCGCAGGCCAGUCGGUUGUGACCACCAACUUUAAUGUUAUCGAUCCAGCAGUUAUGACUAGAGCUAUCCCGCCUCCGACAGACAUGCCUAGAGGGAGAGCAAUCCCGUCUCCACCUAUGCAAACACCCCCGAUAUCGCCUAUUUCCUCCAAGCAACCUAGACUCGCGAAAGCUAUCUGGGCAUACAACGAGAACGGGGCAGAACCAAAUGAUCUCUCGUUCGCUGCUGGCGAACUCAUCGAAGUCGUCUCGGAGAAGAACGAAGAUUGGUGGCUUGGUCGCGCACGUGGUCGGGAGGCUCUAUUCCCGUCUAAUCAUGUCGAGAGCGUGGAUGCUUCUACCAUUCCCCAAGCAGUUGCGACGACAACAAAGAAACCGUACAGGGCAUUUGGCGCCGCUCUGCAUGGGACUGAUAAGCCCCCCGCCGCGGGUGUAGGCGUCAACUCUGUUGGUCUGCAGGAAGCAUCUGGUCAGGCAGAAAAGAAGAGUAAAUACGGAAAGUACGGUAACACGAUGGCCCAUUCAGCCGCAGGAGGCGCUGGGUUUGGUGCUGGUGCUGCCAUCGGUGGUGGUUUGAUCAGAGCAAUUUUCUAA